ACGUUUGGGGCGGAGCCUGCAUUCUCACUGCGCUACAUUAACUCACAGUCAGUGCGUGGGAAUAAAGUAUCGCGAGUUAUAAAGUACUGCACACGUAUAAGUCUGCCAAAGUUUUACGGUGUGUGUCGUUUUUUCAGAGAUAUAGAAAAAAUACAAGGCUGAUCUUCUAAGGAGCGAAUCCAACGCACGGAGGAGCCGGACUGGAGUAGCGGGACGGGAGCGCGGCUAAGCUAACAGGCUUAGCUUCAGAGGUCCUGUACGCACUUCUGCAUGUAUCCUAAGGAGACAGUGCUAAUCAUGUCUCUGGGGCUAAAGCAAGUCUUCAACAAGGACAGGACGUUCCGGCCGAAGAGGAAGUUCGAGCCGGGAACCCAGCGGUUCGAGCUGCACAAGAAGGCGCAGGCGUCGCUGAAUGCUGGGCUAGACCUGCGGCAGGCGGUCCAGCUGCCGCACAGUGAGGACCUGCACGACUGGGUGGCCGUGCACGUGGUGGACUUCUUCAACCGCAUCAACCUCAUUUAUGGCACCAUCAGCGACUCGUGCACGGACCAGUCCUGCCCUGUCAUGUCCGGGGGUGCCAAGUACGAGUACCGCUGGCAGGACGAGCAUCGCUACAAGAAGCCCACCGCCCUGUCAGCGCCCCGGUACAUGAGCCUGCUCAUGGACUGGAUCGAGAUGCAGAUCAACAACGAAAACAUCUUCCCCACCAAUGUCGGUACGCCCUUCCCCAAGACCUUCAUGCAGGUAGCCAAGAAGAUCCUGUCGCGCCUGUUCCGCGUCUUUGUCCACGUCUACAUCCACCACUUCGACUGCGUCAGCCAGAUGGGCGCCGAGGCUCAUGUCAACACGUGCUACAAGCACUUCUACUACUUCGUCACUGAGUUCAACCUCAUCGACCACAAAGAGCUGGAGCCAUUGAAAGAGAUGACUUCGCGGGUGUGUCACUGAAGGAUGGCCUGGCCUGCAUUACCCCGGGGGAACCACAAGGGGGCAAAACCUGUAGGGGACCAAAGACGAAAAGGCACCGAGAGUCUAUUUUUAUAAACAUACAUUUCCUUAUGUACAAAUAACAUGUAAUUUUAUCAAAGUCAGUGUAUUUACUUGAGGAGCUCAGAAAGUUUUAAGUAAUUUUUUGUUUUAAAAAUAAAUGUCUUUUGUCAAGAUUUUUCCCUAUCAGAAGUUGAAGCUAUUGUUUAUCCAAAAAUAUGCACCUUCCGUGUAAGACGUAUGUAUGUAAUAUGUACAUACUGGAGGUAAGCACAUCUUUUACCAUGGAAACACUACUUCUGACGUUUGUCUGUACUGUGAGGCACGAUACCAAAUUUGUCAUUUCAGUUCGUAGACUAAGGGGCGUCUGCAAGCCGGAAAUGCGGACCCUGAAUGCUGCUGCGCUGUUAAAGUUUAUCGCCCCCCCCUUUGUUAUUGUUAUUGUGUCUUAAUCCUACCUGCUUUGCUCAUUCCAAAACAGAGCUCAAGGUCAUUAGUAACAGUUAAUAUCAAAUAUGCUUAUAUGUUCAAUAAAGCUAUUUCAGGACAUAAGCUCAAGUCUGGUCCGUUUAAUCAUCUGGUCUACAAAGAGAAGGGCCCAGAUUAUGUCAAGCUUUUUCUUGGGUUAUGUUCAUUGCCUGUCGAAUUAACAAGUAUCCGAAAAAGGGGGGGGGGCAUACUUCAAAAGCAAAUACACUUACACGAAAUUUAAUUUACAAUACUUAAAAUCUUUCUUCACUGACCUUUAAUCCUUGGAUGGCUGGUACGUUUCUUUAAUCCUUAACUGACGUCAUUGUGGUGACGGGUUUCUGAUUUUUUUUUUUUUUUUUAAUAUUUCUAUGACACAGAUUGUCAAAGGAAAUCUUUUUGUAAUAUAACGAAUGUUGUACAUUUUGAGUUGUCCAAUUCUUUUUCUUUUAAUAAACGUGCUUUAAAAAUA